UCCUACAUUUUCUCCCCACCCCAAAGCCCCCGCUACUUGAACAGAAUAUCCCUUUUCGACUACUUGGCUCAGCUCUCUCUCCGGCUGCCGCCACCAACCCCCCAUCAAUGGAGGCCCGCCGGAGAUCGACCAAGCCCGUUAGCGUUAUGGAGAAUGACAUCCAUAAUUCCAAGGCAUUGGACCCCCUUCCCCUCCCUUUGUACAUGGCCAACGCCCUCUUCUUCACCCUCUUCUUCUCGGUCGUCUACUUCCUCCUCACGCGCUGGCGCGAGAAGAUCCGCACAUCAACUCCUCUUCACGUUCUCUCUUUCUCCGAGAUCUCCGCCCUCGUCGCCUUCGUCGCCUCCUGCGUCUACCUUCUCGGUUUCUUUGGCGUUGACUUCGUCCAGUCCGUUAUUCUCCGUCCUUCCGCAGACCUAUGGACCUCAGAGGAUGACGACGAAGAUGUUAUUAUCAAAGAUGACACCCGCAAGGUCCCUUGCGGUCAGGCCCUCGACUGCUCUCUUCCUCCUCCCUCCUCUGUCGUAGUCAAGCCCAAGGUCGUCGAAUCAAUUCCUGUGCCUGCUCUUCCUUUGGACGACGAAGAGGACGAGGAAAUUGUCAAAUCGGUGGUGGCUGGAACCACCCCGUCUUAUUCCUUGGAGUCAAAAUUGGGGGAUUGCAAGCGUGCUGCUAACAUCAGGCGCGAGGCCCUGCAGAGGAUUACUGGAAAGUCUCUUGACGGGCUUCCCUUGGAAGGCUUCGAUUACCAGUCUAUAUUGGGCCAGUGUUGCGAGAUGCCUGUGGGUUACGUGCAGAUUCCGGUUGGCAUUGCCGGGCCUUUGUUGCUCGACGGGAAGGGCUACUCUGUGCCCAUGGCUACCACUGAGGGGUGCCUGGUUGCCAGCACCAACAGGGGCUGCAAAGCUAUGGCCUUGUCCGGCGGCGCCACCAGCGUCCUACUCAAAGACGGGAUGACCAGAGCACCUGUUGUCAGGUUCGGCUCCGCCAAGAGAGCUGCAGAUUUGAAGUUCUUCCUGGAAAAUCCUGCCAAUUUCCAAGAGAUUUCCUUAGCUUUCAACAAAUCAAGCAGGUUUGGAAGGCUUCAGAGCAUCAAAUGCGCAAUUGCCGGGAAGAAUCUUUACCUGAGAUUCACCUGCAGCACCGGAGAUGCUAUGGGGAUGAACAUGGUUUCUAAAGGUGUUCAAAACGUCUUGGAUUUACUCCAGAACAGUUUCCCUGACAUGGAUGUUAUAGGCAUCUCUGGUAACUUCUGUUCGGACAAGAAGCCGGCAGCAGUGAACUGGAUAGAAGGAAGGGGUAAGUCGGUGGUCUGUGAGUGCAUAAUCAAGGGAGAUGUGGUGAGGAAGGUGUUGAAGACUAGCGUGGAGGCCUUGGUGGAGCUUAACAUGCUCAAGAACCUUACUGGGUCUGCCAUGGCUGGAGCUCUUGGUGGCUUCAAUGCCCAUGCCAGUAACAUUGUUUCUGCUGUUUACCUUGCCACCGGCCAAGACCCCGCCCAGAACGUGGAGAGCUCUCACUGUAUUACCAUGAUGGAAGCUGUUAACGAUGGAAAGGACCUUCACGUCUCUGUCACCAUGCCUUCCAUUGAGGUUGGCACAGUCGGUGGGGGUACCCAGCUGGCAUCUCAGUCAGCAUGUUUGAACCUGCUUGGGGUGAAGGGUGCCAACAAAGAGACACCUGGGGCUAACUCAAGGCUGCUAGCCACAAUUGUAGCAGGUUCAGUUCUUGCUGGGGAGCUCUCUCUUAUGUCAGCUCUUGCUGCUGGACAGCUUGUGAAAAGCCAUAUGAAGUACAACAGAUCCAGCAAAGAUGUAUCCAAUAUUUCUGCUGCUGGUUCUUCUUAGAUGAAUAAGAGUCAUUAAAGAUGCCAAUCUAACUGAAGGAGCUUCUGCCGGACAAAAAAAAAAACACUAAAGGAGCUUCUAUGAGAGGCAUAUAUGCAGGUGCAAUUUGGAAAGACGAUUUGAGAUUGCAUUAGCAAUUCAGAGUGUUUCAAAAAGUUGCUGUUUGUAUUCUUUUUCUUUCUUUCUUCUGUGAGUUGUAUUUCGUUUACUCGUGUUAAAGCAAAAUGUAACAAACAAACAUCAAACCAAAAUUUGUGUAAAAUUGCUGCAAAUAUUUUAGUGUUUCA